AUGGACAGCGCGUCGCCGUCCGCCCCAGUUCCAGAGAAUGAAGUAGCUCGAAUUGAGUGUAUCGAUCGAUUUGGCCUUAUGGACCUGAAGGAGCCGAUGCCGGAACUGGACAUCAUCUGCUCGUUUCUGAGCAAAGAGUUGGGAUUCUUCUGCACAAUGAUCAUGAUCGUCGGCGAGACGCACCAGUUGGUUCUAAGCUGCACGAUUCGAGACUUCGUCCACGCCAUGUUGCCUCGCGAACACACGUUCUGCCCGCAUUUACUUAUGGGCGACGCUCCGUUCAUCAUCCGCCACCUGGAGGCUGACGUCCGCUUCUACAAUCUGAACCCGGUGACGCGUCAAGGUGUGAAAUACUAUUGCGGUAUCCCGAUCCUGGGUCUGGACGGGAUCAUGGUCGGCUCCAUUUGCUGUGUGCACAGUACAUGUACGGCCAUGGAUAUCACGCGAUCGCACUACGAUACGCUGGCUCGGUUCGGCGAGAUCGCUCCCAAGAUCAUCCGAGUCAAGACCGAGGCGAAGCUUCAGAGCAAGUAG